AUUUCUAAUUUUCAUUGGUUAAUAUGGCGGCACACUUUUAGUAGCAACAUACUAAAUGCGAAAAUCAAAUCAAACGAUUCAACAAAUUUGUUUUCCUUUUCAAAGUUAUCCAAAUUAUUAACAAACGCAUUAAAUACGCAAUAUUUUUUUGUUUAAAACAUCAGAUUUAUUACAAUGGCAGCGAGUAAACGUCUACAAAAGGAGUUGGGUGAUUUGAAAUCAUCAAACUUAAAGUCAUUCCGGGACAUUCAAGUGGAUGAAUCAAACAUUCUGUCAUGGACUGGUCUCAUAAUUCCGGAAAACCCCCCAUAUGCAAAGGGUGCAUUUCGUAUCGAAAUCAACUUUCCUCCUGAAUACCCAUUCAAACCGCCAAAAAUUUGUUUCAAAACCAAAAUCUAUCAUCCAAAUAUCGAUGAAAAAGGUCAAGUGUGCUUGCCCAUAAUCUCAACGGAAAAUUGGAAGCCUGCUACCAAAACAGAUCAAGUUAUUCAAGCACUGAUCGCAUUGGUUAAUGACCCAGAACCGGAACAUCCACUGCGUGGUGACUUGGCCGAAGAAUUCUUGAAGGACCACAAACGUUUUCUAAAGAAUGCAGAAGAAUAUACUCGAAAACAUGGCGAAAAACGACCCAGCGAAUAUUAAAUCAUUUUUUUUUUGUUUUAAACAAGAAAAUUUACCACCUAUCUCCCAAACAAUAACAGCGAACAAAUGCAUAGACACCAUUCUUAAGCAUAUGACGUGUCAUCAGACUUACCAUCUCCUAUCUGGAUUUACUCUCGAUCCAUGCUAUUUUUGAAAACUUAUUUGCUUCGACCAAUAGAAUUCAAUUGCGGUUGCGCACAUUACCAAACAAACAAAAGAAGAAAAAAAAUCAAUUCACUGAAAUGUUUUUCGUUUAUCGCUUGUCCUCUUGAAAUACGUUAUACUUUAAACAAUGAUGAGACGAAAUGAAUAUUUAUUACAGUUAAAUUUCAUUCAGUAUAUUGAAAUUAUUUUUAAGUAAGAUUACGAUGAAAAUUAACACAUUAUCUCUGCCGAAUAAUAAAAAAAUAAUAAUGUAAAAUAAUAACCAACGAAACAAUA